CUGGGAUAUGGGGGGACAGCCCACCCUGACUGCCAUCUACACCGACUGGUACCUGGAGGCCCUGCUCCGCCAGGCCAGUGCCGGGUCGGUGGUUCUGGCCCCGGCUCUCCAGGCCUUCAGCACCGUCCCCCGCGAGGAGCAGCCGCCCUUCAGCGCCGCAGAGUUCUCCGACAUCUCAGGUGGGGUCUGGGCCCCCAACCUUCCUGAAUCCCCCAUCUUCCUGUGUCCCCAACCUUCCCAAAUCCUCCAUCUUCCUGUGCCCCCAACCUUCCUGAAUCCUUCAUCUUCCU